GCCGAGGGCCCGGAGGGGCGGGAGCUGGCUGAUCGACCCCCCGCCAGAUCCCCGCUGGAGAAAGCUCUCACUCUCCUACCCGGAGACCGCCGGCACCCGCAGCUGCGCCCAGCGAUGGAGUCCUCCUGGCUGGAGAUGCGCUGGGCGCGGCCUUUCUACCUGGCGUUCGUGUUCUGCCUGUCCCUGGCGCUGCUGCAGGCCGUCAAGCUCUACCUGCGGAGGCAGCGGCUGCUGCGGGACCUGCGCGCCUUCCCUGCGCCCCCCACCCACUGGUUCCACGGGCACCAGAAGAUUUUUCAAGACAAUAAAAUGGAGAAGAUAGAGGAGAUUGUUGAAAAAUAUCCUCGUGCCUUCCCUUGCUGGAUUGGGCCUUUUCAGGCAUUUUUCUGCAUCUAUGACCCAGAAUAUGCAAAGACAUUUCUGAGCAGAACAGAUCCCAAGUCCCAGUACCUGUACAAGUUCAUAGUUCCAUGUCUUGGAAAAGGACUGUUGAAUCUAGAAGGGCCCAAGUGGUUCCAGCACCGUCGCCUACUAACUCCUGGAUUCCAUUUUAACAUCCUGAAAACCUACGUUGAGGUGAUAGCCCAUUCUGUAAACACGAUGCUGGAUAAGUGGGAGAAGCUGUGCAGCACUCAGAACACAAGCGUGGAGGUUUAUGAGCACAUCAACUUGCUGGCCCUGGAUACAAUCAUGAAAUGUGCUUUCAGCCAGGAGUCCAAAUGCCAGAUAAACAGCACCCAUGAUCCUUAUGUAAAAGCCACGUUUGGAAUCGGCAGAAUUAUACAUAACCGUGUGUACAAUUUCUGGUAUCACCAUGACAUGAUUUUCAAACUCAGCCCUAAGGGCCACCACUUCCAGAAGUUAAUCCAGGUGGUGCAUCAGUACACAGAAAAGAUGAUCCAGGACAGAAAGGAAUCCUUCAAGGCUAGGGAGCAGCAGAACACCACUCAGAAGAAAAAGUACAAGGAUUUUCUGGAUAUUGUCCUUUCUGCCCAGGCUGAAAACGGAGAGAGCUUCUCAGAUACUGACAUCCGUUCUGAGGUGAACACGUUCAUGGCCGCGGGGCACGAAACCACGGCUUCGAGCCUCUCCUGGCUCCUCUACUGCCUGGCUCGGAACCCUGAGCAUCAGGACAGAUGCCGGGAGGAGAUCAAGGGCAUCCUAGGGGACGGGUCUUCCAUCACCUGGGACCACCUGGGUGAGAUGUCGUACACCACGAUGUGCAUCAAGGAGACGUUACGAUUGAUUCCUGCAAUCCCGUCUAUUUCCAGAAAACUCAGCAAGCCCCUUACCUUCCCAGAUGGAUGCUCACUGCCUGCAGGAAUGACUGUGACUCUCAGUAUUUGGGGUCUUCACCACAACCCUGCUGUCUGGAAAAAUCCAAAGGUCUUUGACCCCUUGAGGUUCUCUCCGGAGAAUUCUGAUCAGAGACAUCCCCAUGCCUUCUUACCAUUCUCAGCUGGACCAAGGAACUGCAUUGGGCAGCAGUUUGCCAUGGUUGAGUUAAAGGUGGCCAUUGCCUUGAUUCUGCUGCGCUUCAAACUGACUGCAGACCCCACCAAGCCUCAUCUCUUCUCCGGACAUGUUACCAUCAAACCCAAGAAUGGGCUCUAUUUGAACCUGAAGAAACUCCCUGAAUGUUAGAUCCCAGGGUACAAUGAUUAAAUAUGUUUUGUUUUUAAGUUAAAUUUAUAGCUAAUGGUCCAAGUAAAUGGAAAGGAACCAAAAUGUGGUGUGAGGGUUGGAGGUAGGAGAGAUGGGGGGUCUCUGUGAAGCUGCGCCUUAUCCAGAAACAUUUCUCGGUAACACAGCGCAUCUCCUUGAUCAGUUUCUAUAUGACUUUGGGAGAUUUUCACAUAUUUUCCGUUUGAUUUUGCCUACUGUUAAUGUUCUAUAUCCAGCACUUUGCUAGGUGACUUCCAUGUAUUUUCUGUUGUUUUUAAAAAUAGUUUUCAGAAUUACAAAAGUAAUAGGUGAUUAUAUGCUCACUAUAAAAACUUUCCAACACUAGAAAGCAUGUAGAAUAAAGAAUUUAAAUCCCACUUCACGUAGCUCACAUCCCAAUCGUAUUGC